UGUUUGGAGCUUGGGCUUCUGAGCAGUUAGGCUGGAGCCUUGGGCUGCAGCAAAGGCAAGGCGGAGGUCACCAUCUGCUUUGUCAGCCUAAAGAGAACACUGGCCAGAACCAUCAUCAGCGGGAAGACAUCCAGACGCUCACCAUGCAGCUUAGACACAUUGGGGACAGUGUCAAUCACAGGGUGAUUCAGGAGCAUCUUGCACAGGAAGUCGGAGAUGUGCUGGCUCCUUUUGUGGCGCUGGUGUUCGUGAGAGGCCAGGUGCUGCUGAGAUUUUUCUGGAACAACCAUUUGCUGUAAAGGAAGGACAGACAGACAAGUCCCACACUCUGGAGUCAAGCUGCUGUGACCCAAACCCUCUCCAACUCUUCCUCCUCCUCCCACUGAGGAAGGUCUACCCUGGGUCAUGCCCUUUGAUCCUGCAUUUAUCACCUGUAUCUAGAUCUUCAUUAAGAACCAACUUCAUUAAGAGACUUGUCUACCUGGGCCCCAGAUCCUCUGCUCUGUGCGGAGCUGAAAGGAGCCGGGUCUCCAGUACGCAGCCCUGAGCCCUGGCCCAGCCACCUUCCCUUCCAUUAGACACCACCACCUGUUCCUGGUCUAUUUCCUGCUCUGACUGUGCCACGUGGGUUUCCGCUCUUUCUCAGGCCUAAGGAAGCCCUCCUGCCCUGAGGUUCCCUCAGGCCUCGCCUGAUCCCAUCCCUCACCCUGCAGCCCCAUCCCCUCCAGGGUGCCUCCUGCUUGCCCAGCAAGCUCAGCUUCUAGGGAGCUGGAAACUGCGACAAUUACAUUACACCCGAGGCCCACCAAGACGACUCUGCCUUUUGAGUUUGUUUUACUCUUUCUCAUUGUUUUCCCAGGCUUUAUCUGUCUCAUGGCCCCUCCCACCCCUGUAAAAGAAUUUCUAAUCCUAAGAAAGUUCGUUAGUAAUUAUGAGUCCUAUGUAUACAUAUCCUGAGGUUUUAGUAUGUAGUGUUACUUUUUUUAAAAAGUGAAAUAAAUAUUUUAUUGAGCAC